AUGGAGAAAGAACACACAGAGCUUGUUGAAAAUACUUCUCCUGCUCCUGACUCUGCUACUGCAGAGCAACAGCCUGAUGGAGCCAAACUCGAUACCUCCCUCGCCCAACGCGGCACCGCCGUCGAGCACGAGCUCGGCUACUGGGAAGCCUUCACCAUCUACAAAAAGGGCGCCUUCUGGAGCAUGUUCAUCUCGCUGUCCAUCAUCAUGCGGGCGUACGACAUUGAGAUCUCGGGAAACUUCUACGCGCUGCCGGCUUUCCAGCGGCAUUUCGGUGUGUACUACGAGGGCCACGGCUGGCAGGUGCCUGCGUCAUGGCAGGUCGCCAUGUCGAUGGGCUCGCUGGUGGGCCAGAUCAUCGGGUCGUAUCUCGUUACGUUCCCCAUGGAGCGGUUUGGCCGUAAGAGGACGUUCGCCGUCUGUCUCGUUCUGACCGCCCUCUUGACUUUCAUGCAGUUUUUUGCGUCUGGCAUUGGCGUCCUCACUGCGUCCCAGUACCUCUCUGGCAUCGUCUGGGGCAGCUACUGCGUCAUCGCCACCACGUACGCCUCCGAGGUGCUCCCCCUGCGGCUCCGUGGCUUCCUCACCGGCUACAUCAACCUCUGCUAUGUCAUGGGCCAGUUCAUCCAGACGGGCGUCACCCGCGGCUUCAUCAACCGCGCCGACCAGUGGGCGUACCGCAUCCCCUUCGCCAUCCAAUGGGUCUGGCCUGUCGUGCUGCUCGCCGGCCUGCCCUUCGCACCAGAGUCCCCCUGGUGGCUGAUCCGGCAGAACCGCAUGGCCGACGCAGAGCGCUCGCUGCGCCGGCUCUCCAGGCCGGACCCAAAGGUCGACACGCGCGAGACGCUGGCCAUGAUGGUCAAGACGGACCUGCUGGAGCGCGAGAUCGAGGUCGGCACCACGUACGCCGACUGCUGGAAGGGCUCCAACCGGCGGCGCAUGGAGAUCUGCAUGCUGCUGUUCGUCAUCCAGAACUUCUCGGGCAACCCGGUCGGGUUCGCGACCUACUUCUUCGAGCAGGUCGGGCUGUCAAGCGAGCAGGCGUUCGACAUGGGCGUCGGGCUCAACGGCAUGGGCUUCGUCGGCACGCUGUGCUCCGCCAUCACGCUCAUCUACUUUGGCCGGAGGCCGCUGUACAUCUUCGGUCUGGCGUUCAUGGUCGCCACGCUGUUCACCGUCGCCCUGCUGUCGUUUGCCCACAACUACGACGCAAACCCCGUCUACCGCUGGGUGCAGGCCACCCUGCUGAUCGUGCUGCAGUUCGUCUGGCAGAUGACGCUGGGCCCGCUGACCUACGUCGUCGUCUGCGAGACGCCGUCCACCAAGCUGCGGUCCAAGACCAUUGCGCUAGCGACGGCCAUCGACGCGCUGACGGGCCUCGUCACCACCGUCAUCGGGCCGUACUUGCUGAAUCCGGGCGCUGCCAACGCCGGCGCAAAGAUCGAGUUCCUGUACGGCGGCAUCUCGGUGUUCUCGCUGACAUGGUGCAUCUUCCGGCUGCCGGAGACGAAGGGGCGCACGUACGAGGAGCUCGACGUGAUGUUUGAGCGGAAGGUUCCUGCGCGGAAGUUCAAGACGUAUGUCAUUGAGGAUUUGAAUGAGGGAGCUGAGCGAGGGACUGAACGAGGUUGA